AUGGCCAACAAAAACGCCGAGCACCUCUACGAGACUAUUCCCGAAUGUGUUGCCGGAUGCUUCGAUAUUAGUGUCGCCGCUACUGGCUGUGGUGACACCGACUACGAUUGUUGGUGCUACAAACCCAACCAUCAGACUGUCGUCGAUACGCUGGAACAAUGUCUUGGUAACAGAGAAAGACGAACAAAAAAGAAGUGUACUGAAGAUGACAUGUUUGAAUAUGAGAAUAGCUACUGGAAGAUUUGUGAACAAUACUGGGAACCAUACGGAACUGCCACCGAACCUACAUCAUUCCCAACCUCACCGGCUACCAAGACUUCGAUCACAUCAACCGCGUCCACCGAAGCCGCAACAACAACAACAACUGCAUCAGCAGAAUCAGAAACCACGUCUGUUGAAGAAUCAUCAUGGACCACUGUCAUAGCAACUCAAUCUGGUGAUUCGGAAGCAGCGGAAGCAUCUGGCAACCCAGAGCCAGUGGCUCCCUCUGGUGGCUUGUCUAGUGGAGGAAAGGCCGGUGUAGGCAUUGGUGUUGCUCUUGGAGUCAUCCUCCUCGGCGUAGCCAUCUUCCUCUGGCUGCGUGAGAGGCAUAAGCGACGUAAUGUUGAAGAGAGGCUUAGGGUUGCCGAAGUCGAAAAGGCCGAUGCCAUCCAAGCAGGUGGCUAUGGUCCUCACGUUAUGUAUGAAAUGGAGGGCGAUCGACCCCACGCCGAGGAACUGCGCGGAUGUAUGAGGACGCCAGAGCUGGGCGCAGGAGGUCGAAACUCGGCCAGCGUGACAGAAGUUGCCCCCGUGAGUCCCUCUGAUAACGACAAGGACUCGACCUUCUCGACUCGUAGUUACGAAUGGCCCAUCUCACCAGAAAGCCCGUCCCGCAAUGCGCCAGGAACAUCAGGGACUUUGGGGGAGGUGAAAGAUAAUAAUACCCCCAAGCCCGCAGCUCCUUGA